AUUGGCUUAGAUCAAGUGUAGUAUCUGUUCUUUUCAGUUUAAUCUCUGAAAGUUGCCUACGGGCAACACAAAGAUUAUACUUAUUUUUGUCCCUCAGGGAGUGACCGCCAGGCUUGCCUGUGUCUCUUCCUACUGUGUUCUCGGUAUUACACUGCCUCCGAGUAACGCGACACCAUUCUUUUCGUUGCAGGCUUUUGGCUUUGCCAGAGAUGUGAAGAAGAGGGAUUUCUGACUGGGAUCAGAGUGUUCCUUGUGGGUGUGGGUAUGGUACUUUUUGCGGAUGGCGAAUAGGGCUGGUUGGUGCAGGUGGAUAUCACGGUUACGAUGUCAGAAUGUGAGGGCGGUUCAGCAUCAAGGCAGUUGACGUGCAGGAUGAACUUGUCUCCAUCAGAGUCCAUCGCGGUGGCUAACUAUUUUGAGUUCCUCCAUGAGUGGCAGGCCAUUACAAUGUUAGGAUAUUGGGAAUUGGAUGUUGGUGGCCUCUAUCCUGUAACUGCUCAUCGUCGUUGACGUUGACGAACCCAUUUGCAGGAGGCCGGUGUCAACCCUAAGCUGCAAGGACGGCAAAGAGUUGCAGUAUCUAGAAAAUUCUAAUGGCUUCAAACUCUCAUAUACAAGCAAGACUUAGAUAUACCGCAGUGCAGCGAAUCCCAAUUCCUCGUACUUGAAACCCAAAUUUUCAUUUCAUCCAAAAUCCAAUGUGGGCGUGCCAAACGCGAAGACGAACACCGACAUCCCGGCAUUUGCAACCGUGAACGGACAACCAUAAAUCGCCAUCUCGACACCACCAUGGACAUGGCCGACUUCAGCAUGACAGGAAUGGUCGAUCCCAAGAUCUUUGAGGAUCUCCAGAAGAAGAUUGACAGUGAUGCCGAAACCCGUGAUCAGAUUCGAGCCAUCCUGAGCACGCUUGAGCGACAGGGUCGACAGGCUCAAUCCGUUCUCUCCAGGGCUCAUUCUACACCAGCUGCACAUCGUAAGAGCAUUAGAAUCUCUUUUUCGCGUAAAAUCAUGUCUGACUAAUGCCUCCAAGUUCAGCCUGUGAUUGCCGCUGCGGAGAAUGCCAUCAAGGAGGAGCUCGAGAGCACUGCCAAGCUUGCUGAGAUAGCUUCGGAUAUUCCUUACUACAAGUAGGUCUAAUAUAUGCCAUGGCAUCUGGGUUUUCAUUGAUUCACUACCUAGAUACAACGGUCUCUGGACGCGAGAAGUUCAAAAUGUCGUCUUUUCCAUCCUCCUUUGUGGAUGGCUUGGAGGCAUGGCCAUCAAUGGCAGCCCCGCAGAACAGGGCAAACUCCUCACCAUCGAAGAGGUCGGACAAAUUCUCAACGGUAAGUCUUCUCCAUACGAUCUAUGCACAUGGAACCAGAACCUAACAAUCUCCCAGUUCCAGUAAACCUCAAAGAUCGGGAUUCCUUCCAUGUCACCAUUGAAGAAUACCUCCAAUCACUCAUCACGCUCAUUGAAGAGCUCGCAAGAUUGGCCAUCAAUUCCGUUACUUUGGGUGAUUAUCAACGACCAUUGCAAAUCAGUCAGUUUGUCAAGGACCUUCAUGCUGGCUUCCAGAUCUUGAAUUUGAAGAAUGAUUCCUUGAGGCGACGAAGUGAUAGCAUCAAGUACAACGUCAAGAAGAUUGAGGAUAUUGUUUAUGAUCUUUCGCUGAGAAACCUGCUUCCGAAGAAGGAAUAAGUUCAAAUGGUGGUUUUAUUGAGCUGUCAGGAGUAUUUGGGGAUCAUGAUGGCUGAGUAUAUUUGCAUGAGUCCGUAGGAGCAAAGGGGAGGCAACCACCAAGAUAUAAAUCAUGAAUGAUGUGCAUUCAAGGGGUCGGUUUAACGAUACAAUUUCUCUUUGUUG